AUGAGCGAACAAAUUAGUAUGGUUCUUUUUGGACUUACCGGGCAAGGAAAAUCCUCAAUUGCUAACAUGAUGGUACAAGGAGACAUUCGUCAUAAAGACAAUAAAUUCGUAGUUAAUGAUGAUGCUGUUGGUGCAAGUGCUACGAUACAAUGUAAUUCGAAUGAUAAAUUUAUAGUGCACGACACAAUUGGAGUAGGUGAAACAAAAUCCGGUAGCGUUCCUCAUAAGGAGGCUGUUAAAAGGAUAAGAAAUUAUUUUUCAUUAUAUAAGAAGCCACUUAAUUAUAUAGCUUUCGUUAAAAAGAAAGGUAGAUUUACUGAAGAAGAUCAUCAUCCAAUCAUUCCGGUUGAUUUUCCUUGGAGUGAAGAUGAUGAUUUUUACGAAAGUGUUAUUAAGCGAAAGAAAAGAAUACAAAGUCUGCUACAUUUAAUUGAUGAGCUUUUUAGAUUAGAAUAUGAGGGUAUAGAACUAGAGGUUCUUGACUCGCUCCAAGUAAUUCCAGUGAUCGAAAUGAUUGAACAAAUUAGUCUGGUAUUUUUUGGACUCACUGGGCAAGGAAAGUCGUCCAUUGCUAACAUGAUGAUUCAAGGUGACAUAUAUCAAAAAGGCAAUGUAUUCGAAAUCAAUGAUGGUGCUGUUGGUGCGAGUGUUUCGAUAAAUUUUAGUGAAAAUGAAUAUUUUAAGGUUUUCGAUACUAUUGGAGUAGGUGAAACAAAUUCCGGUAGUGUUCCGCAUAAGGAGGCUGUCAAAGAGAUAAGAAAUUAUUUUACUACUUGUAAAGUGCCACUAAACUAUAUCGUUUACGUUAAAAAGAAAGGUAGAUUUACUGAAGAAGAUCGUACAAUGUUCAAUCUAUUUAAAGAGAUCUUUGAAGGAUGUGAGAAAAAUUUCAUCAUAAUCAUCACUAAUUGUGAUGAGAGAUGGAUUGAAAAGAACAAGGAAACAUUAAUAAAGAAUUUUGGAGAAGAUUAUCCGACUAUUCCGAACUCGCUAAUUUAUAGCGCUACUGACCGAAUGAUCCCGAAAAUGUUCGAUGGUUCUUGGAAUAAUUUAUAUAUCGAAUUGAGUAAAAAAACUGGUGUAAUCUUUUUUGGACAUUGGGCAGGGAAAACCUCUAUUUCUAACAUGCUUAUUCAAGGUGAUAUUUAUCAUGAUGGCACAGUUGGUCUUAUUGAAGCCGGACAUUUAAUCAUAGCUUGUGAUAAACCAUCAUGA